AUGGAGCAAGCACGGUACUGGAUGUGGACAAGGAGGAGACAUGGUUUGAGUUCUCAUCUUCAAGCAUCAACAAACGGAGCAUAUGAUGAUUCGUGGGAAGAGCAAGCUUUUGCAGAAGAUGCUGCUGGGUCCCUAGGAGGGUGUAUAUGGCCUCCGAGGUCUUAUUCUUGCAGCUUUUGUGGCAGAGAAUUUAGAUCAGCUCAAGCUCUAGGAGGUCACAUGAAUGUCCACAGGAGGGAUAGAGCUAGGCUAAAACAAUCUCCAAGUCCCCAUGGUGAAACUCUUCAUCAUCAUGAUCAUCGAAAUAGUCAGAGUCACAUUCAAAAUCCCUUUUUACCUAUGGGUUUUCAAUACCAACCUGAUGAGGUUUGUAACUUUGUUUAUAACCCUAACCCUAAUUCUGAUCAUGGUACUCUUCCAUCACCUUCCUCCUCUUCUAGAGUCUCACCUCCACCUACUAAAGAGAACUGUCCUGGAAAAAUCUUAAUUUCUACUUUCUCUUCACCAAUUGUCCAAGAACGCCCCAAGACGAAGUCCCCUGACUCAUCCCCCAAAUCAUGGUCAAACUUGGUUGCAGACAGAUAUUACCAUUUCUCUGAUCUAAGUACUGAAGGAGAGAAGAGUCCAAGAAUCCUAGAAUCCGGAUGUCAGCUUAAAGCUGAUUAUGUCCAAACUGAUAUGUCUGUAAGCUUGAAUUUAGUUGUUCGACGAGCACGCCCUACUACAUCUGGUAGUAGAGAAGAGACUGUUGGUUGCAAGAGAAAGAGAACUGAGACACCAACAUUACCAUUCUUCCUGAAGCCGAUUUCAAUUGAAAGACAUCAUCUCCAACCAGCUGACCUACCUGAGCUUCGCCCUAGCUCAGUGGAUGACAUAGAUCUUGAGCUAAGACUUGGUGUCCGCCCCAAGGUAAAGUAG